CUUGUAUUGUUUGGUCGAUUUUGAACCUCACAAGAGAUUUGAAAUCUUUGAAAUCUUCUGAGUUCUGACGUUCUUGUAUUGGCGAAGAACCCUUAGCUUUUUGCACGGUGAAGAGUUAAAAGGUUUGUAUAUUUCAUAUUGGUAUUUUAUGUAAUUGUUCACCGGUAUGCUGUGAUUUCUCGUAUUAUUGUUUAGUUUAUAAAACAUGUCGGCAGAUCAAAUGGUCAAAUUUUGUAAAACUAAAAGCUACACCCCGCCGACGAAAUGCCAGCGUUUACUCAGUGCACACGCCAAUUUUUGAAACUUUCAUAUUAUUUUAGUUGUGGAACUUCAGCAAAAUCGCUUAAUGUAAAUGAAAACAGCAUGUUUAUACUAACGUUUGUCACAAAUUAAAUAUAGUCAUGGUGUUUGAAACACAAACCGAGGCUGACUGGUGAAAAACCUAACGAAGUGGCUGUACAACGCCUAACGGCCUAAGUCAUUCAUUUGCUGCAUACCUCUGAACUUGAAUUAUAUUCAGUUGUAAGACCACCACUUCAAGAAGGCCUCAGGGGCAUGCUCGUCUCCUUCAAAAAGUUUUGAAAUCUAUGUUUCCAGAAAAUGCAUUUCUUGCAUUCUGGGAAUACGUUUUAUACAGUUUAUAGUUGAAAUGUUUAAUUUAAAUUGCAUACAGUUAAUUUAGAUUCCACAGUUCAGCACUUUAUAUCAGUGAUAUAUGUAUGUAGGAGCUUGUUAAAGUUACACUCAAUAUCCUGGCCAUAGCUAGGCCAAGAACAAAUCAAUCACAUUUUAGUUCAAUUUAUAUGAAAAUUUUAUGUGAAAUGUAAAAAAGUUGGUCUUGCUUUCAUGGGCUAAAAAGAACUGAAUGCAUAAUGUUCACUAGUUUGAAUCCAACAAAAUUUUAUGAUAGAUGUUAUGCCAAUGAAGUCCACCGACUGCUUAUGCCAGUAUGCAACAUGCAAAUUCUAUCAAGGAGAUUAAAAUCCCUGGGAAGAAUGAAAGUUUAUACAUGUUUGAGGUUUCACCAUAUAUAUGCUUUAACACGAGGUGAAAGUGGCUGCAAAAACCAUAGUUCCUUAAUUAGUGAAGGUUUGCAGUCUUUUAGUGUCCUCCCAGUGUGGAAAGUUUGUAUCGCGCGGGGGAGAAAUCCCCGCACACUUUUGAAGCUUCUAUAUAUUUACUAUUAAAUUUUCGAAAUCUCCCCCUCGCAAUUUCCAAACUUUCCAGUCAGGGUGUCCUCUAGUCAUACUGCAGCCUUCUUGGAUAACAAUAGGUCAGCUUUAAGUAUUAUAAUGUGUUCUAGAAGCAACUGUGCACGAAAGCUAUAUUGUCACAUGCCCUAAAUCAGUAACUUCUGAUGGCAGUUGGGAAGUAUGUGGAUGAGUGUUGGACAUCUUUAUUUGAGUGUUGAGAUAUUUGUGAGUUGAUCUGUUUUCUUAUAAGAGAGCUUCAGAUUCAUAGGGAUGCAACUAUCUGAAAAGUACAAGGAGAACUUCAACAUUUCGAGCAAAGGCCCUUCAUCAGGAAGUUAUAGUAGUGCCGGGUUGGGAAAAAUUACAUGGGCUUUUGUGUAAUUUUCUCGACCUGUACUACUAACUUCCUGACGAAAGGCCUUCCCUGUAGACGUUGAAGUUCUCCUUGUAUUUUUUAAGUAGUUGCAUCCCUAUCAAUCCGAAGCUUUCUUAUUAUUGGCACUACCUACACUGACUGUUCUGUUUUCUUAUGGUGACAAUUACUCCAAUGCUAACACAAAUCAUGUAGACUACAUUUUUUUACUCCUACAUUUUAGCACACGAACAUAACAUAUUCAGACCAGUGUUCCAUUACCCAUUUGCCCAGCUAAUAUAUAAAUACAUGAUUCAUUGCAUUGAGCAUAAUUGUGAAUACAUGUGUGAGGCAUAUAAUAUAAUACCUUAAGGCAGAUGAUUGGUAGAUAGGCUUAAAUAAUCAGGCCUAGCCAGUGAGGUUUCCAGAAUACCAAUAAUACUUGCUCAAUAUACCAGGCUACAUUUGUCUUGGCCCUUGGGAUACUUGUUUCCAUAUUUUUGAUUAUACAUGUACCAUCCAAGUCUCAAAUUUCAAUUUCCAACCUGCAAACGGGAAUACUGUGCCUUACAAAAUUAAGGAAUAGUUACAGCAUGUGGAGGAUGUAGACUAGGUCUCAAUAGUUGCAUAAUUGCUGCUGCAUACAAUGAGGCAGCACACUGUCACUAUUCUUGACACUGUUUGACAAUCUAUACAUUGUAGCAAUCUCUACCUUGUAUCAAUCGGUCAGGGUGUCAGUCGGUUUGGUUGUCUCCCUCGAUAUUUUGUGUUAUAACUUGUGCAAAUUUCAAUUGGAGAACAUAAUAAUGGAUUCCCAUUCCAAUUAGUAAAUUCCAAUUACUAAAUUUCAAUUAGUAAAUUCCAAUUAGCAAAUUCCAAUUAGCAAAGGUAAUAAACUGAGAAAUAGACAGAAAUUGUUUGCAGUAUGUGUAUUAUGUUUCCAUUCAGUCUCUUUAUCUGACUAUCUGAUCUGUGGACUGAAUUGUAAAACUCUAUCAAAUGUUUAUUUUUAAAAAAAUCAUAUAAUCAAGGGGGCAGUGCUCUAGGAGCUGGUUAUAUUAGCCGGCUUGAUCAAGACAUUAACAAUCGAAAAUUAGGGGGAGGGGAACUUGUUUACACCAGAUGAUCUUGAUACGCGGAAAAGUACUGGCACUAGUUGUCAAAUAGAAAUCCAUUUUAUGAUUAAAACAACUGAAUAUCUCCUGUAAUAUACUUUAUUUCGAUUCCAUAUUUUUGUCAGAGCUAUAGUUCUCACAACCAAACAUAAUUACAAAAUUUCAACUAGUUUCAUAAAGAAUAACGAAAGAUAUAAUUGACUGAAUACAUCAAAAUGGAUUUCUAUUCGGACAACCCUUUCUGAGCGCUGAUUGGCUAAAAUACGAACACGAGAUCACCUGGAAUAGUGUACACUUUGUCAUGAAAGUCAAAUUCAUGCUCUAUUGGACAAAAUUACUUUAUAUGCAAGAAAUAAAGGAGUUAUCCAGAAAAAUAUCCAUUUCUAUAAAUAUUGUUGUGUUAAUUGAGAUUUUUAUCCAGGCUGGUGAUUUUACAUGGACAAAUUUCAGCUGACUGACCAUGCGCCCCUUUUGACACAAAUACCAACCUAUCUAUUGAGAGUGUCAAACGUGCGAUAGUAACUACUAGUAUAAAUAUAAAGCAGACAACCCAAACAAACAUGUGCUUGAUAUUAAUUAGUUUUAUUGCAAAAACAAUUAUUGUUUUGACAAAUAAUUAAAUACACAAAGGGAAGUAGAAGACUUGCUGCUCAAGUCAAUCUGAGUCAGAUUAGUUGCGAAAUAUGCAACUAAUCCAACUAUAGUCUAUAGUACUGUAGCUAGUAGAGCGAGACUUCACAAUUUUCAAGAAACUGGCCUUUUGCAAGAAACCAGACACCAGAUGUUGAAGCAAACUCUUCCUACACGGCUAAAAAUGAUCAGGUUGUUGCAAUAGUUGAUGAAAACAGGAUAGAACAAUGUUUUACUGCCCACAUUGUUCACAGUUGUCAACAAAUAUUGAACAAUAUUGUUACACCCGAUUUAGAAAGUGUGAACAACGUGGGCAGCAAAACAUUGACAUUGUUUAUUGUUAACAGCCUUUUUUCGUAUUGCCACCCAUAGUAAUACUUCAUGUAAACCUACACCUGGCGAUGACGAGGCAAGGCAGGAGGAAAUCCUCCCCUACAAUAUCACACAUUUAUUAAAGUUAGGUCUAAGCUUAGUUCAAAUUCACUAUUAUUUCAAACCAUUUGAGCAUAAUAAUAAUAAUAAUAAUAAUAAUGACUUUAUUUAAACUGGAGAAAAAAGACCGAUCAGCAUAUUUACAAGAAAUAGUUGGUAUUAACCGGUGACCAGCAUCGUAAAGGAUUUCUAUGGUAAAAAAAACCCCACAAAUUACUAGUUUACACUACAUUACUAUUUUACACUACAUACUGUAUAUGUUCUUUUUUGUCCAUAUUUAAUAAAUACUUAAAUACUUUAGUUUUAAAGUUUGAUAAAGAUUGUACUCUACGCAGUUCUUGAGGUAGCUCAUUCCAAUCUUUAGAAGCAGCACACUUAAACGACGAUUGUCCCAUUUUCGUUUUUGUUUUGAUAACAUGCAAUAGUAUAUUGUCAGAAAACUUGCCAGUACGAAAACAUAUAAAUAAUUUGAACGUUUACGAUACAUAAUUUUGUUUGGAACACAGGCGGAGCGUCAAAAUACACGUCUGCUCACGUCGCCUCACUAGCUCACUCACGUCGCCUCACUAGCUCACAUACGUUUUGGGUGUUCAUUAGGGUGCUUCUAGGCCUGCUGAAAGUGGAACACUACAACUUUCGUGGCUUAUGCAGGCAACUGAUUACUCACUCUUACUGAUCACACUCACAUGGUCCAGAACUGGUGAAAUGAUUGUGAUGGAAAUCUUUCCUGUCUGUUGUUCCAUUAAGUGAUACUAAAACCGUCUGUACCAGUGUGGGUAGUACCAAUGUGAAAUUGCUGUGCUGAGUUGUUAUAUUACUACCUGAAAAAACAAGCAGGAAGGGCCUUCGCUCGAAACGUCGGGUUUCAUAAUGAUUCAGCUUGUUUUGUUGUCAAUAGCAGCUAGGGUUCAAUUCGUGCUACUCCUUGUACUCCCUUUAUACUAAUUGGAUGGAAUUCUCACAGUUUCAUGAGUACUUGGAAAACUCUUAAAAACUUAGAGAAUUUUAGAAGAAAACGAAAGGUCUUCGCUUGGCCAAGCUGGGGUAGAAAGAGGGGUAUUAUAGGAAUGCAGAAACUAUUCUCAUGAUAUUUCAACAGUUUUCCAAGGAUACAGUAGUUGUCUUGGAAUGAUGUUAGGCUAAUGUGUAAUUUGUUAUUUUGCUCUUUAAAAACUCCUCACCCUUUGAAUCCAAUUUUUCAAUAGCAGCACAAAUCCUGAAAAGGUUUGGCAUUCUCGUAACUUUUCUUGCAUCACUACUGACCAUUUUGUUUCCAAAUUUUCUCCUAUUCCUUAUUGCUCCGCUUCAGACACUUUAUAAGUUGGCAGUGCUGGAAAAUGUCCAGCAGCCAGCAGCACCGCUGCCAGGAAAUUUUAAACAAAAUAUCUUCGCAGGAAAUCUUCUUAAAGACCACGUAAAAUCCGUUCUGCGCAGGCCUACAUUCCAGUGGUCGGGACCCGACGCACCUUCCUAACUUUCUUGAAUUGAAUCUCUAGUCUGUAUUUAUUUAGCAUAGCGAACCAGAAGAGUGUUAAAAAUUCGGUAUAAUAUAUAUCUAAUCAUAUUUUGAAACUGUAGCAGUGAGUUCAAAAUGUAAACAAAGCGUUUGUUUACAUUACGGACUUUACACGGUCUUUAAAAGUUUAUCACAAUAUGCGGCACUGUAAUAGUUAUAGCCACGGUUUGUGGCUAUAAAGUAGGCCUGCUUCCAGCAUCGUAAUAAUAAUAAUACUUUAUUUAAAGAGGGUAAACGCUAAACAGUUACAAAACUGAUAAACCUGCGGACUGCAAAUAUUAUAAAGUAGAUAUACACAAUAAAAACUAUAUACUAGACAUUACAUCCAUAUAUUAAAGCUAUGAAUAUAUAUUACAGGCGGAUCAUUAUAUUAUACACAGUAAAUAAAACCGAUCAGAAAUGAUUGACCAACGCCUGGUCGUUUUCUCACAUGCAGAGGUAAAGAGUUCCAUGCCUUAGUACUAUUACUGUAACAGUAAAAGAGCGUCCCAUUUCAGUGAAAUACUUAAAACGCAGGCAAACAUAAUUAAAUUCAUUAUAUACUUAGUGGAUUUAGUAUGGAUGUCACAAUAUCGAACAAGAAGUUCAGACAUGUAGUCAGGUAAUUCAAUCCUGGAUACGCUUAAAUGAGAUACAUAUAAGCUUUGGAUUUCAACUUCUUUAUAAAACGGUAUCCACCUAAGCUUAUUAAAAAUAGGAACUGACCUCGCAUGACUUUCUUUGUCUAAAAUUAGACUAGCAGCAUAUAUCUGCAACUUCAAAACGUCAUGCCUUAAACGGCAUACCGUCAUGGUUUGUGGCUAUAAAGUACGCCUGUUUUCGGCAUACGUCAUCGUUCUCUGAAAUCUCUUUUAAAAAAUAGCUUUUUAACUUUUUCUUGUUUGCAAUUUCAGGUCACACCAUUUAUCCAUAACCCAACUAAAACGUCUUGAAUUAGCCUCAACCAUGUUGCUGUAGUCCAUUUCCGUCGUGUUAUGAAAAUGGCCUCGAAACAAGAAGGAAGUGUUAUUCGUCCACGCACUAUGUACCAAUGUAAUGAAUGUGGAAAAAUUUUCCCUGCUUAUUCCAAGUUAAUAAACCACGAAAGAAUUCAUACUGGAGAAAAACCGUUUGUCUGUCGUAUUUGUUGCAGGGCGUUUACACAGGAAGCUCACCUGAAACGUCAUCACAAAGUCCAUGACAAUCAACGACCUCACGAAUGUGCUUUCUGUGAUAGAGCGUUUAAACACAAAGCACAUUUGAAAAGACACGUCAAGAGUCAUCAUAGUUAUAGUUACCAAAUGAGCAAGACAGACCAAUCUUAUUUCAAUGACCCUGAAAACUACCAAUCACAUAAGUUGUUGAAUGACCAGACAGGUCCAAAUGGGGCACCACCAGCGUAUUUGAAAAUACACACCGACAGUCAUCAUAUAUACAAAACUGAUGAGGCAGGCGAAUCUGUUUCCCUUGAUCCUGAAAAGCCAAACUACCAAGCAAAUAAGUUAGUAAAUGGCAAAACAAUUCCAAUUUGGGAACCACUUGCGCCUCUGAAAAGUCACACCGAAAGUUCUCAUAGUUACAGCAUAGAUGAGACAGGAGAGUCGGAUUUCCAAGACCCUGAAAAACUAAACCACCAAUCAGAUGAGUUGGUAAAUGGCAAAACAAGUCCAAAUGGAGAAAGCCUGAACGGACACGUAGAGGGAAUAUAUGAAUGUCAGUUGUGUAGUAAAGUGUUUAAGCGCAGGUCUAAUUUGUUAAAACAUGAAAGGAACCAUGCUCAGAACAAAGUAUUCAGAUGUGACGUAUGUGGGCAAGCAUUUCCCGAAUUGCAAGAACUGGCUUUUCACAGAGCUCACUGUGAGACAAAUUACUACAAGUGCCAGAUUUGUGACAAGGAAUUCGGGGCAAAAUUUAGCUUAAAGUGCCACGUAGAAACACAUUCAAACGAGAAAUCUUACAUAUGUGAAAUAUGUGGUACACGAUUUAAGCAUGCUCGUUCUUUAACCACUCAUAAAAGAAUGCAUACUGGAGAAAAUAAUUCUGCCUGCGAGUUCUGUGGUAAAGUGUUCAUACGACCAAAUGAUUUGGUUGUCCAUAGAAGAACACAUACUGGAGAGAGACCUUAUGAAUGUAAUGUUUGUCAUACAGCCUUCAAACAAAAAGCACACGUUGAAAAACACAAGGAGACAAUUCAUGGUAAAAUGAAACCAAAAACCAUUUCCACAAGUUCACACGAAAGAAACGGUUACACGAAACUGCAAAGAAAAUCUGAAGAGAAGCCAAAUAAGAUUGGAAUUUCCGCUGAGACUUUAUAUACUGAUGACAAGUUUACAGCACAAGAUGGAUAUCAUGUUGAAGAUCUCAAUGGCAUAAAUGAUUUAACUUCGGAAACAGAACCAGAAGAAUCGAAACCCGAAAACCCCUUUAAGGAAACGUCAUUGAGUACUUCUCCACCGAGACCAAAUACGUGCGAAACUUGUGGAAAAUCAUUCACGCAGAAGAGUUACUUGGUUGUACAUAGAAGAAUUCACACUGGAGAGAUGCCUUAUGAAUGUGACAUCUGUGGUCAGGCGUUUAGGCAGAGAGCACAUAUGGUGAAACAUAAGAAAUCUAUUCAUAAGCAAGGUAAAUUAUCAAAGCAAGGCAAAAUUAAGAUUUCAUCAAAGCCAAUUGCUCCAUCCGAAAGCGAUUCAUCCACCUCGGUCAAUGCAGCAAAUGGACACGAAAUGUUCCGCGAAAAAUUUGCUGAAGUUGACAAUCACAUACACAACAACAAAAAUAAUAACGCAAUACCACAUGAUGAGCAUUUAGUAUUUGAAAACCAAAAUGGUUAUGACGAGCUGAAGAAGACAUCUAAGAGAAGGCCGUUUCAGUGUGAUAUCUGUCAUAAAAAAUUCAGACAGAGAGGAUAUCUAAAUAUACAUAAGAGAAUACAUACUGGUGUAAUGCCUUAUAAAUGUAACAUUUGUAACAGAGCGUUUAGGCAGAAAACUCACGUGGUCAAACACAAGAGGACAAUUCACAAAUUGAAGAAACUGAGGACAAUCCAACAAAUGGAAGAUCUUGAAAACUAUCCUGAGGCAUCACAGGACAGAAACAACGAAGCACCACAGGAUGAAAACAGCGAAGCAUCACAGGAUGAAAACGUGGAAGAAAGAACUUCAGGAGAGGUUUUUACAAGCGAGUAUUCAAUGGUGGGUGACCAAAUUUUUGAAAAGUACGGUACUGAAUCAUCUAUUUCUAAGACGGCAGACGUAGACGCUUUGAAAUAUGAUGAAGGCAGCUUUAUUGGCAAGCCAUCCAAUACAUCAAUCGACUGUGGUGAACGUAGCUCUACUGCCAAAGCAUCGCAUGCGCCAGCUCACUCUGAUCGAAGUAGAUCUUCCACCAGGCCAUCAAAUGUAUCAAUCGACAAACCACAUGCGUGUGAAAUCUGUGGUAAAGCAUUUAAACGGAAACAUUAUUUGGCUAUUCAUAAAAGAAUGCACACCGGAGAACGGCCAUAUCCAUGUGUGGCUUGUAGCAAGAGAUUCAGGCAGGAUUGCCACUUAAGAGUACACAUGUCGAAAGUUCAUCCUGAUGAGUAUCAAGUUAUGCUGUCAAGAGCGCCAACGACCUAUAAAUGUAGAUUCUGUGACAGAGUAUACAAGCGAAUACAUCUUUUGAAAUUGCAUGAAAGAUCUCAUGGUGUUGAAGAAUAUAGCGAGACAUCAGGAACGUUACCAACUAACCAGAGUGAAGCGAAACUCUCUGUCAAACCCUCUUCCACGAGAAACUCACAAACUCUGCCAGUCAACCUCAAGAAAUCCUUGAUCAAACCGUCAAUCAAGAAAACCCCUCAAAACCUUCCAGUCCACCGCGGUAAAGCUUUUCCUUGUCAGUUUUGCCCCAAGGCAUUCAAAUUGAAGCAACACUUAACUUCACAUGAAAGAGUGCAUACAGGAGCAAGACCUUUUGUGUGCAGUACUUGUAGCAGAGCUUUUAAACAAUCCAGUCAUUUAACUCGACAUAAGAAAAUGCAUGACAUGGGAAAGAAAGUUAGCGAAAAGGACGCGAUUGAGCCUCCUAAUGAUAUCAAGCCUUACAAAAAUGAACAAUCCCGUCAUUUAGCUCGCCAUAUGAAAAUGCAGGACAAAGGAAAGAAACGUGGCAAAGGCGUCGCAACUGCCCCUCCUAAUUAUACAAAUCCUUACAAGUGUAGAAUCUGUAGCAAGACCUUCAAAUCAAAGAAAGGACAAUUAUAUCAUAUUUCAAGAUGCACUUUGGCAGCCCAUGAAUUCAAUGCAAGAAAACGACGGCCUCAAGUAAAGACUGAUAAAAAAAGGGAUGGAAAUAAACCCUACCAAUGCAAUAAAUGUGGCAAGCAAUUCGAUCGAAAGCAAAUACUUGUAAUUCACGAAAGAGUUCACUCUGGAGACCGACCUUAUGAAUGUGAUAUUUGUGGUAAGAGCUUUCCCAUCGCCGGAAACCUUGCACGACAUAAGAUCAUUCACACUGGCGAAAAACCUUAUGUUUGCUAUAUUUGUGGAAAAGGGUGUACGCAAAAGAGUAACAUGGAAGCCCAUGUGAGAUUGGUUCAUAAGGUGGAAACCGAUGGAGACGAAUUUAUCAAAUAUGAACGUAAAGGAAACAAGAAGGAGUCUAAACGUAAGAGUGCUAACAUUAUUUCUAAACGCAAGAGCGAAGAAAAUGGCGACGAUGAAAUUCAUAAUAAUUGCAAGGAACAUGAGUUGAAUACCAAAACAGAAUCGAAGGAUCCCGAUGAGGAACUUUAUCGAUGUUGCGAGUGUGGCAGGGGGUUUGAUGAAGAGAGCAGUAUGAUGGAUCAUUGCAUGGAGGCUCAUUGAUGGGUGCGUGUAUUAUUUAAAGUGUGUAUUCACUAUAUUACAGUCCAGGGACCUGUUGUAUAAAAGGAUAGUUACAAGUCAACCAAAGUUAGUGCGAAAGUUAACCAAUGAAAAAUCGCGUAUUGUAGAGUUAGCUACUAUUUAACUACAAAAUUGUGGUUAAUAGUAGCUAAGAGUUUUAUACAACAGGUGCCUGGACUAGUGAAUUGCGAACUUCAGAAUCAAGGCUAACUUCAGCAUUACUGAAGUAACGCCCAUGGUAAACUAGGAAAUAUUGUUGCGAAUACAUUGUUUCCCAGUUACGGUGGACUAUUAAAGAAACAUAAAAGAUUUGUCAGAAACAUUUGUUUGAGUAAAUUCCUCGAGUAGAACAAGUACUGGCUUAUGAAGAUGUGCUGUAAUACGUUUCAGUCUUGCCUGGAGAGGACAUUUUUUUCCAAAACAAUGUUCUCAAGUGCAUGGGGAAACAUUUACCAAAAUAUCAAGAUUUUACGUCUCAAUUGACAAAAUUUAUUUCGCAACGCCCUCUCUAUUCUUUUAAAUUAAAUUAAAUUAAAUUAAAUUAAAUUAAAUUAAGUACAGUAUCUGUUCGCAACAGUGUUUCUUAGUGUAUAGGAAGAAAAGGAGAUACUGUAACAAUAUUCGCUAUAGUGUACUUUUGUCAUUUGUAAUAAGGUAAUUUGUACUUGUCUUUCCGUGUCAAAAUGGUCAAUAUGUAUGUCGUAAGGUGGAAUUAAUAAGUCUAGAUUUUUGACAAAACUAAUAUUCUCUAUAAGUGUACAUUAUCCAGGUGUCGUUUUGCGUGUUUAACAUUAAUGUAUUAUUGGUUGUAUUAUAAUAUAUUGGGAAAAAAAGACGGCGACCACUGUAUAGACAAACGUAAUUGAUCCUUAUUUUUAAAAUAAUUGAAGUGCAUUAUGUGAAAUGGAUGCUUUGUAGUUACCUUUCUUCUAGAUCUUUCUUUAGGCCAUCUACACGAUACGAUUUUUAUUUAUUUAUUUGACUUUGCCAACUAGGACAGGGUCACCACAACAGCAUAUGCCGAUUACUGUGGACCCUUUUUACCUAACCCACCCUGGCGCUAAUCACUUCGAGUCUUGGACUACAGUAGUCGUAUACGAUUCUUAUCGUGGCGUAUGUACUCGAAUAAAUGUAUGUAAACUCUCCUCCGCAGAGCCUCCUUAAGUAUUUACAAAUAACUUACAUGAAGUUUCCUGAAUAAAAGUGAGCGCGCGCGUUGUGAUGGGAAGAUGGAAAUGAAGCCGAGAACUGCGAGAAGGCUCUGCCACAUAAUGCAACGAAGUAUGGUUUUUGAACCAAACUUUUGUUUGACACUUUUAAAAAUUGAAAUCGACGGAAAUGUGGAAGAAAUAUAAAUAAAUCUUCAUAAUCUGAGUAUCGAAGUUCAGUAGAGUCAUUUUUAUAAAGAAAUGUUGCAAUUUAGAGGAUAUUUAUAAGUAGAUAGCUCGUAUCCAUUUAUAUUCAUUUGCAAUUUCCCAAUAUUUUUCGGUGCAAAUGGACAGACGAAGAUAUUGAUAUUGGAUUCACUCCAAGAGACUCAAGUACGCCUGAAAAGGAAAGUGGAACAUAUGGAACAUGUUUUAACACCCUUGAAGGUUGAUAUCGAAACCGAACUCCAAACGAUUAUAUCCGACGCCAUAUUGGUUGCAUUGACUAGCACAGGCUUCUUUAUUUCGCUUUUCCCAUCACUCCUUGCGCGCUCACUUUUUGCUCACUAGAAACGUCAUGUAAGCCUCUGCGGAGGAGAGAGUGCGUGUAAAGAUGUCAUAUUUCGCCAUAAAUUGAUGAACAGGAAUAGUGGCGUCAGCAGUCGUUUUUAUACGCCAGAAUGACAAUCGUAUACGACUAGUCGUAUCGUGUAAAUGGACCUUUUGGAGAACUUCGUGCAAUAUCCCCCACCCUUCACUCCCGUUAGACUUUGGAUUUGACUGCAAAUGCGAGUACAAGAUUCGUAAAGCUUAUAGUAAUAUAUAUUGUACAAGUAAAGAAUAGUAAUACUACUCUUUACUUCUACAGUAUAAUUAAUUGACUGUUACAAAUGUAAUCGCAAUAACGCAAUGUAACUAGGCUAAUUAAUUAAGGAACAAUCGCCAUAUUCCUUAGCCAACCUCCAUAUAAGACGUCUGGUUACGAGUGCGUGGUGCGUUUGCACAUUGCGAUGCCAAUCCUGAAGGACUGCCAUCGCCACAAUGCCUAAAAGAGAAUUUAUCAAAAAAAAGUUCAAACACAGCUACAGAGUUAAGUUAUGGAAUGUACUUCCGGCUGAUGUUAGACCGUCCAGUAAUAAGCCGUCCAGUUCUCGAUGAGCUGCGUCACACUGUAUAUAUCGU